GGGUGAAUACGGCUUGUGCUUCAGAGACUCAAGGACGAUAAAAUAAAAUCAAAUGUGUGUGUGUGUGUGUCCUCUUCCAAAUGGAAAAGAAACUUGUAUUUUAGAAGCAGAAAACUCCCAAAUAAAUGGCUGUGUCAUCUUCCAUGGCGGCGGCAGCAGCAGCAAGUGUCGUUUACAUCUCCAGACGGCAGAACGUUGCAUCAUCAUGGGCUUCAAGAAGAAAAAGAAGAAGAAGAAGUUGUUGUUGCCCGUUCUUCUCCCAAUCCAGAAUCAUUACUACUGCCUUCCCAACAAAACCCCCCAAAUACGUAAUACGAUGCACCGCCACUGGUAAUCCAUCUCCAGAAACCGAGACUCCUGUUGAAGUUCCCAAAGGACCUCCUUCUCUCAUUUCUGCUCUUAAUGUCGAAAGAGCUCUUCGCGGGAUCCCAAUUACAGAUGUAGAUCACUAUGGCAGACUUGGAAUCCAAAAGUCCUGUCCAUUUGAUCAGGUUUAUGUGGCAUAUAAGAACAAGGUAGAAGCUUUGAUGAACGAAGGAGUAGACGAAGAAGCACUCAACAAGAAGCUUGAGCUUUUAAAGGAAUCGUACUCGGUUUUGUCGAAUGCACAAGAGAGAAGACUGUACGAUUGGAGCUUGGCUAGGAGUGAGAAGCCAGACACAUACAUAUGGCCUUUCGAGGUCGACACCACAAAAAAAUCAACCGAGUCUCCUCCUCCACAGGAACCAGAAGACGAAAGGCCAACAACCUUAGUUGGAUACUUCAUGUUGGGCUGGUUCAUACUUGCUUUCACUUUGUCCAUUGCACUCAAUCUACUAUAGGAUGAUAUUGUACCACUACACCUUCUAACUUCAAUCUUUUUUAAAUUCUGAACCAGUCUUUGUUCAUUUGUUUUAUUUUAUGUAUGAUACAGCACGGAAAAUUGUGUGCUCUAUUUUUGUUGAAGCUGGAAUGAAUAUUUUGCUUCCAUUAUUUAUUAA